UGGAGCUGCUGCUGGAGUUUGGAUCAAAAGCUCCUGAUUUCAGUCCUUUAGAGCAAAGACACCAGCUGGUCUCCAUCUAACUGAGCGGGCCAUGGAGGUGUCGUCCCACAGCCUCGUCCUGCUGCAGCAGCUCAACGUGCAGAGAGAGUUCGGCUUCCUGUGCGACUGCACCGUUGCCAUCGGUAACGUGUACUUCAAGGCGCACCGCGCCGUUCUGGCCGCUUUCUCCAACUACUUCAAGAUGAUCUUCAUCCACCAGUCCAGUGAAUGUAUAAAGAUCCAGCCCACCGACAUCCAGCCGGACGUCUUCAGCUACCUGCUGCACAUCAUGUACACCGGGAUGUGUCCCAAGCAGCCGGUGGACCAGAGCCGGCUGCAGGACGGCAUCAAGUUCCUGCACGCCUACCAGCUGUGCCGCAAGCCGGGCGACGCCGCCGCCGACGCCACCACCGACGGCGUCCGCAUGUCCAACCUGUAUGGCAUCCAGAUCUCCUCCCAGCUGGCCAGCAAAGACACGCCGGGUGUCCCAAAGGCCGCCGCGGCGUCCCGGGCGGCCCCAGAGCCGCGGUCCCAGCUGUCCCUUGCCGUGGGAUUGGACGCCGUCCCACAGGACCACCAGCAGGCGGCGCUGCGCAACAUCUGCUCUGUGACGUCGGCGGACGACUCGAACGUCUCCAGCCGCAUCAAGCAGGAGCGGGUGGAGGAGGAGGACGGCGAGGCGGAGGACGGGGCCCCGCAGGGCGGCAGCCCGCUGUUCAAAGGGCGCCCCCUGCUGCUGCAGUGCCCGCGCUGCGGGGAGCGCUGCUCCUCGCCGGAGGACCUGAGGGAGCACCUGUUCAGCCACGCCCUGGACCCCGCACGCCUCAUGGAUGGGCUGCCGCCGCCAGCGGGCGCCGACGAGCCGCUGCCGGGAGGCGACGAGCCGCUGGACGCAGGCUGCCUGGAGGAGGCGCUGCGGCAGAGCCAGGUGCUCGCCAACCAGCUGGCGGCGGAGCUUAGGCGGAGCCGCGGCGACGGCGACGGCGGCACAAGCCCCGCCCCCACCGUGCUCCACUCCCGCAAGCGAAAGAUCGCCUGUGCCGUCUGCAGCCUGCGCUUCUCCCACAAGAGCCAGCUGCAGGAACACAUGUACAGCCACACCGGCAAGCCGGGCCGCUUCCACCGAUACAACCGCCUCUGCAGCCAGCUCUUCCAGGGCUCCGCCCACUUCUGCGACGCCGCCGCCGCCGGCGAGCCGGGCGGAGGGGGCGGGGCCUCGGCCGCGCUCUGCGAGGACGGCAACCGGGACACACAGGACAACGGCAGCUCCUGCUACUCGCUGGACUCAGAGGUGUCCCAGGAGAGCGUGGACGGUGUCCCCGUCGAGUGAUGAUGAUGUCAUCAUUGGGGACUGAGUACCUGUGCAGGUGUGUGUGUGUGUGUGUGUGAGUAAACCAGUCAUUCUCCCAGUUUCUCUCUGGUUUGUGUUGAACUUUGUGGAACGCUCCUACUGAUGAUGAUGACGUCACCCUCAUCCUGGAAGAGCGAUGAAGAGCGUCGGCUUGUGAGGAAGAGGAUGCUGGGCCGCAGCUCUUCAUCAGCAGACAGCCGUGCCUUGAUGACCUUCGGCCGCCUGGCAGCUCCAAGCUUCAUGACAAUCUGCAGCUUUUUGACCAAUCAGCUCUCACAUCUGGAGCGGGGCAUCCUGCUGGAAAGAAAGUACACCCCGUCAGUUCUGACAACAGAAUUUAGUAAAAGAACACUGAAUAUUGUCACACUGACUUCAUCUUGUUGUUUACACUGCAAUGCAUUCUGGGUAGAUGACAUAUACUGAGCUAGGUGCUAUGAUGCUAGCUCCAACCAGACAGAACAGAAACGUUGAGUAAUGUUCAGGCCCUUUGAUUUGAACUGGAGCGUUAGCUUUAGCUAAUGUUGUUAGCUCAACUUAAUGAUAUUAACUGUGGCUAAUGUUGCUUUCGCUAGUUAAUGGUGUUAAAUCUAGCUAGCAACAUUAGCCAAAACCAGGAGCUAUAACUAAUACUUAUAGCUAAGGCUAAUAGCUUAGCUAGCUUAUGUUUGGUUUCAAGGCUAAAGUCGCUGUAGCGACACAAACAACAUCUUAGAACAUCUUCAGUCAGUCAUGGAUCCAUUUAGGUAUUUUUCUCGUUUUCUGGUCGUUUCUCAGAACGGAUCAAAAUCAGCAUCUGAGGCUGUGUUGCUGCUCUUUAACCUGGGAAGAGUUCAAAGGUCAAAAUGUCUGCAGGUCAAAGGUCAAAAUUUCUGAGGUCCAUCAUCCAUGUCAGAGAUCUGCUUGUUAGUGAAUGUUCAGCAAAUUGGGCCUGAAAUCAGAGCAAUGGUCUGCUAAAGGCCUCAUUUACAAGAAAAGGUUAAAGGUCAUGACCCUGAGCAGGCUGGAACACAGCUGGUUGUAAACACAGCUGGUUGUAAACACAGCUGGUUGUAAACACAGCGGUGGACGGGUCAUGAUAGGUGGGCUUCUUUUCGAUGAAGUUUGGUUCAAACCGGGUCGUCAACGGAAACAUGAAUAAAGGUGUUUCAAUGGCCUAGUUAAAGUCCAGAGAGCUGAUUGGAUUGGACAAAAUUCAAGGCACAGAUUUUAUGGGAUGUACUUACUUUUCACCAGAGCUAGAUCAGUCAGAUGUUUACAGGCUCAUGGAGACGUUUUGUGGUAUUUUUGCGUCUGGGAUCAGUUUCUGUUUCAGAGAUCUGAUUGGAGGAGAGCAGAGUCAGAAUCGAUCAGGCAUGUUGAUUCAUAACCAAUAAUCCCGUUCAGAUUAGCUAAAGUCAGAAAAAAUAAAAUCCAGGAUGCUCCUUUAAAGCUACUGCUGGGGUCAGAGGUCACAUGAUGUCACUGAACGCGUGACUGUCGUCUUUCUCUCCGUGUCUCACCAUAACAACAAGAAGUUCAGUGUCAACGUGUUUUGUACACGUUUUGUUUUUCAUCGAUGGAAAUGUUUUGCAAAUAAAUGUCCUUUUUUCACCAA